AUGGACUAUGAUGUGCAAUAUCCUGGUGAAGGAGAAAAUCUAGUUUGUUAUUUUGAGGAUGGCUCUUAUUCUGUUGUGGCUGAAAAAGAUCAAAGGCCGUUUGAUCCAAACCUUCCUCCAUAUACUGAGUAUAAAGAAGGAAUAAAUGCUGAAAAAUUUUUAAAAGAUAAAGCGGUAGAACUGGCAACUCAAUACUUUGAAAAAGGAUGUAUCCCAACAACUUUCAAAUGGCUUCGUAAUGAGGAUGUCUUGGUGUCAUCAGCAUCAACAGGAAUUAUUGGUAGUGACAAUAAUCAUGAAUAA